AUGGGAGAUCGACCGUUGGGCAGAGCGGGCUUUGCUUCUCGGGAUAGACGCGGUGGCCGGGUUAGUUCAUGGGGAAAGCCAAAGGCCCAGAAUCUACCAGAUAUUUCCCUUCACCCAUUGGGGAAUCUAAUCGACUCCCUCGACAACUCAUCCCUCGAUUUGGCGGUUUGUACGACGUCUAGAUCAUCCUCCAUCACGGAUUGCAAGUAUGUCACUUCAUACAAUUGGUUGAAUGAAAAGACUCCUACCAUCAUGGUUCCAGGAAGACCCCCUUUAUGGACACCCCUUGAUGAACCACGACGUCUGAACGAAGAUCGUGGCAAUUACUUCCGGGACCCAAACGCUGCAAGAUUUCCCGAGUACCCUACAGAACCCUCUAUUCAAGCGCUCUUCACAUAUAAACCAGAAUUUCCAACGUCGAGCGUUGACCUCUUUGCGUGUGGAAGCACAAUGGGAAACUUGCUUAGAUUCGUCCGAUCAAUCGACAAGCCGUUCAGGUUUGGCGUUGAAGUGGUCGGCAAUACUGUGUUCUUCGUCCGCAAGGAAAACUCCCCUGAUGAGCUUAUCGAUGGCGUUCGUGGGUUUGGUCAUACGUUUCCUGAAACUUACACCACAUGGGAGAAGGAGGUAAAAGGCUCUGAUACGCAUCAACGGGUGAUCCAGUAUCACUUCGGUGGAUUGAACUGCCUCGUACGAUUCGAAUCUGACGGAUAUCUUGGAAACUUGACGGCCGAUAACGACACCCUGAAGGGAGAGCCGAACACGCCCUUGGACGAAGAUGGCCUCGCGAAGGCUUUCGAAGCAGUCUCGGUCUACCACCCCUACGCCGCUACCAGCAAUCUGACUCUCAAGACAGGAGGUUCUGAGGUGCUACAGCAGUCCAUCUUCGACCUAAAGACCCGGUCCGGAAAGUGGGGGAAACAGAUUGAUAUAAGCGAGCAGCUUCCAGCUCUUUGGGUGAAACAGAUCCCUAACUUUAUCGUGGCAUAUCAUGAUGGCGAAGGUCGAUUCGAGAAGGACAAGAUCCAGACACACGACGUGCGGAAAGAUAUCCAACAGUGGGAAACAGAAAACAAAGCUGCGUUGAAACGGUUGGCAGCACUCCUUCGCAAGAUCAUUGACUUUGCUAAAGCUAGUCACCAGGGCAUGAUCGAAGUCUAUCGCUAUUCCAUCGACCGCCUUGAGAUCCGGACACAAUUUGAUACCGGAACACAUGCCCUACCAUUAUCUCUCAGGAAUCGCUGGGCUAGCAAUUCUGCUCCUGGGAGUAAAGUGCCAGACAUACCUAGUCCUAUCGCUAAUGCCCUGAGGAAGAUGGCCGAACAGAAUGACAAUGAUGGCACCAACUCCGACGCCGAUUUCGGUGAUGGUUUCACUCAUAUUUUGCCAGGGAAGAGUCUUUAUGAAGACAACGACGAUCUGGAUUUUACUGCUUGCUCGGCGGAGGAUUGUGGGUAUUGUGGUCGCUGCUCUUACUGA